AAAUGAAAAACCGGGUGGCACGUACUCCUACUCCUAGGCCUCUUCAACUUCAAUGACUAUUUACGCUUAUAACCCUUACACACACCCACCCAUUCAUCCCAAAUUCACUCUCUUCUCCGUUUCCCCCCUAAUAAUUCCCAUACCUAUCUCCCAUUUCUCUUCGGAAAAUGAGCUGGUGGUGGGCCGGAGCAAUCGGUGCUGCUAAGAAGAAAUUUGAAGAAGAUGAACCUCCCAGGAGCUUUGAGAGCGUUGCUCUAGUGAUUGGCGUUACUGGUAUCGUCGGCAACAGUCUUGCCGAGAUUCUCCCUCUUUCCGAUACCCCCGGUGGUCCAUGGAAGGUUUACGGCGUCGCUCGCAGGCCGAGGCCAGCCUGGAAUGCUGACCAUCCCAUCGAAUACAUUCAAUGCGAUGUCUCCGAUCCCCAAGACGCCGAAACCAAACUCUCCCAGCUCGCUGAUGUCACCCAUCUCUUCUAUGUCACAUGGACCAAUCGAACCACUGAGAUCGAAAACUGUGAGGCCAACGUUAAGAUGCUUCGCAACGUCCUGCGAUCAGUGAUCCCCAACGCACCCAAUCUCCGCCAUAUCUGCCUUCAAACCGGUACGAAGCACUACGUUGGGUCGUUCGAGAGCAUUAUCAAUAAAUCGUCGCAGCGGCAUGAUCCUCCUUUCACAGAGGAUUUGCCUCGAUUGGAAUGCCCAAAUUUCUAUUACAAACAAGAAGAUUUGUUAUGGGAAGAGAUUGAACAAUCUCAGAAAAAGGAUCUGACGUGGGCGGUGAUUCGACCCAAUUUAAUUUUCGGGUUUUCCCCUUUCAGCUUGAUGAACGUUGUCGGAACUCUAUGUGUCUACGCUGCCAUAUGCAAACACGAGGGACGUCCGUUGAAAUUCCCCGGCAAUAAAUUGGCUUGGGAGGAUUUCCAGGUGGCGUCCGACGCAGAUCUGAUAGCGGAGCAGCACAUAUGGACGGCGGUGGAUCCGUAUUCAAAAAACGAGGCGUUUAACUGCAACAAUGGCGAUGUUUUCAAGUGGAAACACUUCUGGAAGGUGUUGGCAGAGCAGUUUAACAUUGAGGAAUAUGGGUUCGAUGAAGAAGGGGAGAGUUUGACACUGGUGGAUUUGAUGAAGGACAAAAGUGACGUAUGGGAUGAGAUUGUGAAGGAGAACCAAUUGCAGCAAACCAAAUUGGAGGAGAUUGGUACUUGGUGGUUUGUAGAUUCAAUUUUCAGCAUGUCAGGUAACAUAGAUAGUAUGAACAAGAGCAAAGAACAUGGGUUUUUGGGCUUCAGGAACUCUAAGAACUCUUUCAUUUCUUGGAUUGACAAGAUUAAGGCUUUCAAAAUUGUGCCUUGAUUGGCCUUGUAAUUCUUGUAGAACUGUUUCAUUUGGUUUUAUCUGUUUUUAUUCCUGGUUUUGCAAUAAGCUUGAUCACAAGAAAGUGUUGCUUUGUUUACUUUCUUGCUAUUUCAUAAAGUGAUUGUAAAGUGAUUGACUUAUUUGUGGUUGAAGUCUAUAAAGAUAAUGGAAAAUUAUUUGUGAGUGUUAUCAAUAG